AGCAGGGGCUGGAGUCACGCGCCCACCGGAGCGUCGCCCCGACAGAGCCUCCGCCUGCCUGGAAGAUGCCGAGACCGUGCCGUGGCCACCCGGGGGCCCUGCUGCUGGUCUUGCUGCUGCACGCCUCCGUGGAAGUGCGUGGCUGGUGCCUGGAGAGUGGCCGCUGCCAGGACCUGACCACGGAGAGUGACCUGCUGGCCUGCCUCCGCGCCUGCCAGGCCGACCUGGACCUGACGGCCGAGACGCCCGUGUUCCCCGGCAACGGCGACGAGCAGCCGCUGGCCGAGGACGCCCGGAAGUACGUCAUGGGCCACUUCCGCUGGGAGCGCUUCGGCCACCGGAACGGCAGCGGCGGCGGCGUGGGCAGCGCGAGGCGGGAGGAGCCGCCGGCCGCGGGGGGCGAUGAGGACGCGGCGGCGGCGGCGUGGGGGGCCCCGCGGCCGGGCAAGCGCUCCUACUCCAUGGAGCACUUCCGCUGGGGCAAGCCGGUGGGCAAGAAGCGGCGGCCCGUGAAGGUCUACCCCAGCGGCGGCGCCGACGACGACGACUCGGCCGAGGCCUUCCCGGGCGAGUUCCGGAGGGACCUCCUGGAGGCGGCGGCGGCGGCCGCGCCCGAGCCCGCCCGGGACGGCCCCGACGGCCCCGACGACGGCCCCGAGCCCGGCCUGCUGGCCCAGCUGGCCCAGCUGGCCGCCGCCAAGAAGGACGGGACGCCCUACAGGAUGGAGCACUUCCGCUGGGGCAGCCCGCCCAAGGACAAGCGCUACGGCGGCUUCAUGACGUCCGAGAAGAGCCAGACGCCCCUGGUGACGCUGUUCAGGAAUGCCAUCAUCAAGAACGCGCACAAGAAGGGCCAGUGAGGCCCCCCCCCAUGCGCCCCCCCAGGC